AUGGUAGCUUCCGGUGCACCACUUUCUUUCAAUGAAAAACCUGUCGUCCUGGGAACACGAGACCGACGAUCAGUGCAACGUCAGCCGCGGCGGGGGGAGUGUGACUGUCCUUUGCUCGUUAGUCUUGUUUCCUUUUUCUUGAAUCUUGAGUGUUCGUUAUAUACAGGAGACAAUGCCGAAGCACACGAAGACCUGGGUGACGAGGAAGGCGAAGAACUUAUCCCCGCUGUCAGUCUCGCCUUGUUAUCAGAGGGCCGCGUGUCCUGCCAGGCUCUCCGCGAAGGACCGCGAGUGCGAAGACGCCCCAGAGACGAAAGGGGAAGCGCGGGGAUCUCACGGGAUAAGACCCUGCCGUAUGUCCCCUCCCGAAGUCCCUCUCCGAAGGGUCUUCUGAGCCCCUUCGAGUCGAAUAUCUUCCCUCAGACGCCUUCCAAGACCGCCAGAUCGGGGUCGCUUUUCUUCCGGAGCUUCUUGGAUACGUUCGCCGGGAAGACGCCUGCGACGGGAAUGAUCCGCAAGUCGGCGAGUUUUUCGAAAAUUGCCGAGCCGACACCGGGCUCUGAGAGACACAAGGAGAAAGCCGCAUCUCCGAAAAAGGCUUUCCCUCUUCAAUCUGGACUCUUAGCUGAUAACAAACAAUCGGAUACAUUUCAUACCGCCAAGUCCAUCGAGGAUUACCUCAUCAAAACGCAGAAGACUGUCGUUCUAAGAUCUACUUCACCAGACUCACAGCUGGGCGACUCGCUCGGCAGUAGCUAUCGGCCAUCCCAGUCGCUUCGGAGUGAGCGACCGCCGAUAACCUUACGUAAAUUACUGUCUACAGAUCUCUCGCCAGGAGGAAUAUCAAAUGAAAGACUCUGUUUACAAUCACCCGAAAUUCCUCCGAGAUCGUUAUACCGCAACGGAUCCACAGCCUCGUUGCCAGAAGACCGAAUGACAGAGAAUCCCAACAUCCCUUCCUGGAACACGGCCUCCAGAAGCGGUUCGUGUGACUCCAAAUCGUCGUCAACAACAGGACCUUCUCGGCUUCCAAACAGUGAGUCGGGAGGGAAGGAGAAAGCAUGUCGUGUCUGUGGCUGGAUUGACUGCCCACUUGACGACACGCGAGUAUCUAAUGUUUUGCACCAGUUAUACCCCAAACUUCAGCUGUGAAGAGCCAGGAUUCAUAAGAUAAGAAAUGGUUCCUAAUUAACCUGUGAUCGGCGUCGAAAUGGAACAUCCAUUUUCCAAAGACAUUCUCUAAGUGUGAGCUGACUUUUUAUAUGCAAUAUCAUAUCACGAAAAAGCUGAUGUCUAACUUUUUUUUUACCUCAACUGUAUUAUAUAUUCCUAUUUAUUGACGCAUAUAAGAUAAUAUAUUUUA